UGGGCGGCCGGCACGGAGGCUGCGCGUGCGCGGUAGCCCUUCCGCCCUGGGGGUCCCGGCGGCGGCGGCCCUGAGGGAGGAGGUUGGUGGCCACAAUGACCCAAGCAGAGAAGGGAGACACGGAAAACGGGAAGGAGAAGGGCGGGGAGAAGGAGAAGGAGCAGCGCGGUGUGAAGCGGCCCAUCGUGCCCGCGCUGGUGCCGGAGUCGCUGCAGGAGCAAAUCCAGAGCAACUUCAUCGUUGUCAUUCAUCCAGGUUCAACAACUUUGAGAAUUGGUCGAGCCACAGACACACUGCCUGCCAGCAUUCCUCACAUCAUUGCACGAAGACACAAACAACAAGGGCAGCCCCUAUACAAGGACAACUGGCUACUAAGGGAGGGACUAAAUAAACCUGAAAGUAAUGAACAAAGACAAAAUGGUCUUAAAAUGGUGGAUCAAGCCAUAUGGUCUAAAAAGAUGUCAAAUGGUACCAGACGGAUUCCUGUGACCCCGGAACAGGCACGAUCCUAUAACAAGCAGAUGCGACCUGCAAUUUUAGAUCACUGCUCUGGAAAUAAGUGGACAAACACAUCUCAUCACCCUGAGUAUUUGGUAGGAGAAGAGGCCUUGUAUGUUAAUCCAUUGGACUGUUAUAAUAUUCACUGGCCCAUCAGAAGAGGUCAGUUAAAUAUUCACCCAGGACCUGGGGGCUCCCUUACGGCUGUUCUGGCAGAUAUCGAAGUAAUAUGGUCUCAUGCAAUACAAAAAUACUUGGAAAUCCCACUGAAAGAUUUAAAGUAUUAUAGAUGUAUCUUGUUAAUUCCUGAUAUCUAUAAUAAACAGCAUGUGAAAGAAUUAGUGAAUAUGAUACUGAUGAAAAUGGGCUUUUCAGGGAUCGUGGUCCAUCAGGAGUCUGUGUGUGCCACCUUUGGAAGUGGCUUGAGCAGCACAUGUAUUGUAGACGUUGGGGACCAGAAGACAAGCGUGUGCUGUGUGGAGGAUGGGGUCUCUCAUCGCAACACUCGGCUCUGUCUGGCAUAUGGCGGAUCUGAUGUGUCAAGAUGUUUCUAUUGGCUAAUGCAGCGAGCUGGGUUCCCAUACAGAGAAUGCCAGUUAACAAACAAAAUGGAUUGCCUUCUUCUGCAGCACCUUAAAGAAACUUUUUGUCAUUUAGAUCAGGACAUCUCUGGGCUGCAGGACCAUGAGUUUCAGAUUCGACAUCCUGAUUCCCCAGCCCUGCUUUACCAGUUUCGAUUAGGAGAUGAGAAACUCCAGGCUCCGAUGGCUUUGUUCUACCCAGCAACAUUUGGAAUUGUUGGACAGAAAAUGACAAGUUUGCAGCACAGGUCCCAGGGUGAUCCUGAGGACCCUCAUGAUGAACAUUAUCUCCUGGCCACUCAGAGCAAGCAGGAACAGUCUGCAAAAGCUACUGCUGACCGAAAGUCUGCAUCCAAACCCAUUGGAUUUGAAGGGGAUCUUCGUGGCCAGUCCUCUGAUCUUCCAGAAAGACUCCAUUCCCAGGAGGUGGAUUUGGGAUCCUCCCAGGGAGACUGCCUGAUGGCGGGCAAUGAUUCUGAGGAGGCCCUCACUGCACUGAUGUCCAGGAAGACUGCCAUCUCACUGUUUGAAGGGAAAGCCCUGGGCCUGGAUAAAGCCAUCCUUCAUAGCAUAGACUGCUGUUCAUCUGAUGAUACCAAAAAGAAGAUGUACAGCUCCAUCCUGGUGGUAGGAGGUGGCUUGAUGUUUCAUAAAGCUCAAGAAUUCCUGCAGCACAGAAUACUCAACAAAAUGCCACCUUCAUUCAGGAGAAUUAUUGAAAAUGUGGACGUGAUUACAAGGCCUAAGGACAUGGAUCCCCGGCUGAUUGCAUGGAAAGGAGGGGCAGUGUUGGCUUGUUUGGAUACGACACAGGAACUGUGGAUUUAUCAGCGAGAAUGGCAACGCUUUGGUGUCCGCAUGUUACGAGAGCGGGCUGCUUUUGUGUGGUGAGACGGGGAGAAAAAGUCACUGCCGAAAACCAAAAAUAAGCCUCAUGGUAUAAAAGACUCUUAUGGAAUAUGCAUAUGUUAAUUUAUUAGCCUAGAUGCUUAAGUUUUAUGGAAAAGAAAUGAAGUUCAACUUUAUUUUGAGGACAUGACGUUGGUUUGUAAUAAGCUGCUUUUGUACUCAGGACAAUUGAGAAAUGCAAACUUUCCACCCUCCUGCCCCUUUCUCAGGAUCUCAUAAACACUCCAAUGAUGUAAAAUGUUGCUGUUGAAGAGGUCUUAACAUGUUGAAGUCAUUUUGUAAGUUGACUUCUAAGUGUCAUUAGGCAGUCUCAUGCAGCAGAAGGUGUGUGACUUGUGUACCUGGAUCAAGAAAAGAACUGUCUGGCUAUGCCAUUUCCCCCCUUGCCUAAUAUGGGAGUGAGAUUCUAAGGUCAUUGGAGUUACUUGUACCCGUAACUUGACUCGUGGCCCCUUGGAAUUCCAAGUAGGAAGAAAAUUUCCUUUUUUAUUUUCAUUCUGUUGGAGAACAAAAAAGAUUGGACCCAUUCAUGUCUAGAUUUCCUGAAGCAAAGAUUUAAGACUGGGCAGAUUUUUGUCACCUGACAAGCUCUAGGCUUUGCUUAGGGAAAGAAAACAAUUUAUUAUUUGACCAACACAGGGUAAAAGCUGAAAAGAAAGUCUUGUUUCUUUCCUAAACCCUAAUAGAAAUGAUUUAGGUAUAAUUUACAGAAUUAACUUGUAUUAUACAAGUUAAACAAAUUGACUAAGCUGUAAUUAGUACUGACGUAAUCAUUAAGCCCCCAAAUUUUCCUUUACCUGAAGAACCAGGUAGAUGCUUUUAGAAUUCCUUGUGUUUAGUAUGAUCAUUCAGUUGACCUUAAACUGAGCAAAAUGAAACAAAAUCUAAAUAACAGCUGCUACUACCUUGGCCCAAGCCUUAGCAAGGCCUUUGAGCCCCCAACAGAAGGAGGAGAAGGCACUGUCCUGAAUCAGGAGCCAGUCAGAGGGGAGGCAUGGGCGAAUGUCUGAUGCUUGCCACACCACUAGGCAUCUGCCUCCACCGUCUCCCGGGGAAGGACGAAAGCAGGAACUGAGAAGAGCUGGAGAUAAGAAUGGAACAUAGAAAUAAGAAAGAUGGCCAGAAAUCCCAGGACAAGGAGAAAUGCCGGCACUAGGGCAUUUUACGUACAUGACAGUGCCCUACAUGUCUGCUCGGUAGGUCAGGAACAAAGAAGAGUUCACCAGUAUAACAAAAUAAUUUCAACUUGCUAAUGCCAUUUGGGAUAUGUGCCUUCAAUUUAAAAACUGUUAUGUUUUAUGUUUUUUAAUUUCUUAGCAAAAUAAAUUUAUACAAUGUUGAUUUUA